AACAAGUGUCCCGGCCGGGAUGCGUGGGGUGUUUCGCGCCAUUCAGUCCCGUCCCAUUCACGCCGCUGGUCGGACGGAUCGCUCCGGAUAGGGACGGCCCUCGCAUCGCGUAGGCGGACUCACGGCCCUCGUUAAGACGUUUCGCGCGGUUUUUUUUUUGAAUAAUAAUGUUCUUUUUUGUGUACUUUUAAAUUAUUAUUUUUUAUUGUCACUUUACUUUUUUAUUUUUAAUACAAUGGGCGAGCAAACGUUCAAUGUUUCCGAUGACAAUUUAGAACAACACAUAGUGACUUUGUUUGAAAAGUUGGAGUGUUUACGGAAUACGGCUAAUCAGCAGAAUGAGUGUUUGGCUGGUAAGGUGCCGGCUAGACUGGAGGUGCGGACUUUGUCGUUGUGGAAGGCAGUGGUGGCGGAAUGUGCUGCGUCGUUUCUGUACGUGUUCAUAGUGUGCGGCGCGGCAGGUGGAGCCGGGGUGGGAGCAUCUGCCUCAGCUGUCUUACUGGCGACAGCUCUCGCUUCCGGCUGCGCCAUCGCUACCCUCACGCUGUGCUUUGCUCACAUAUCUGGUGCUCAUGUGAACCCGGCGGUGUCAGCGGCGCUGUGUGUGCGCAGGCGCGUGUCACCGCUACGAGCUGCGUUGUACGUCGCUGCACAGUGCGGUGGAGCCAUCGCCGGCGCAGCUGCUAUAUACGGAGUGAGCGUGCCAGGGUACGCGGGCAGUCUAUCGGCUUCCCUGCCAGGCGGCGCCGGCGGCGCGGCGUGGGAGCGGCUGGGUGCUGAGCUGGUGCUGUCCGCGCUCGUGGCAGGCGCCUACUUCGCCGCCAUGGAGCGCCGCUGGACCGGCGCUGCGCCCGCGCUGCUCGGCAGCGCUUACUGCGCUGCUAGUCUCGUGUCUAUGCCAUCACUAAACCCAGCGCGAUCUUUAGGCCCAUCAUUCGUGCUAUCGCGAUGGGAGAGCCACUGGGUGUGCUGGGUUGGAGGCCUCGGCGGAGGCAUCGCUUGCGGACUACUCCACGAAUGGGGCUCGAGGCGGCCUCGAGGCUCCAACUCUCGGGCAUCCUCGCCUAGGGACCUAGAUGAGCUGGACAAGCCUACUUUCCCGACCCACCACUACAGGCACGCCCCUACUUACUGCUCCGCUGCCGCCCCUCGACCAGACAAUGCUGAGCCCCUGUACUCCGGAACCAAGUCAUUGUACUGCCGUUCGCCCCCGCCCGCCCGGCACACGCUGCACAGGUCAGCAGGAUCCACGUCGCACAUAUCGCAGUCAGUGUACAGCAAAGCCAGCUCAGCAGCCACAAGUGGGCCGCUGGUGUCAGCGCAGUCGCUGCUUCUCCGCCCUUCCCUGGCGUCUGCGCAGCACGCCCUCACGCACAACCAGAAUGCACACAACGCGCAGCGCGACCCUGCUUAUGGUACUACCAAUGCUGUGCGACCGGGGCCGGCAGGUGCAGCAGUACAAGAGCGCCGCGACUCGGUGUAUUCGACGAGCACCCGCCGCGGGCCGCUGUCGUCCGACGACAGCGCGUACGGCACGUACACGCGCGCGCCCUACCGCGCGCCCGCGCCGCACGCCGCGCCCGCCGGCCUGGCGCCGCAUGCGCACCCGCCCGACCACUACUAGC